AUGGAAGCUUUUAGCCAAAACAUGGACAGGAACAUUGCUGAGAGAAUUCAAAUGUUGGCAAGGGAAGGAAUUACAUCUGUAUCAGAUGUGAAAAAGUGUCUGCACUAUUACGUGCACGACGUGCUUUUUGCAAACAAGGAAAAGCCUGAUAGCAGCUGCAGGGCCUUUUUCCGAACACAUCGUGAUAUCAGCAACCAGAUCCAAGCUGUUCUUAAGAGAGACCGCUUCAGUACAGUCGUUCAAGAGAAUGCUAGAAUCCUUAUUGAAAAGAUCAGGGGUGAGCAACCCGAAUCCUCCAUUUUCUAUCGGCCAUAUGCAGCACGCAGCUGCGUGGGUAGCAACGACUUGAACAACGUGGAAAAGAGCAUUGCCAGCGAGUGUGAAGACACGUUGCUGUUCUGCUUCCAGACAAAGUUCAUGAGAAACAUGCUUAAAAAGUAUGGAGGCUCAGUAGUUUGCCUGGACGCAACACACAAGACUAGUGACUAUGCCUUACCACUUUUCUUGCUUGUUGUGAAAACACCGUCGGGAUACACACCAGCUGGUGUGUUUAUCGUACAGUUUGAGACGACCCACUGUAUCGCUGAUGCUUUAGACGUUUUUAAGCAGUGGUGUGAUAACUGGUCCCCACAGUACUGGAUGGUAGAUUACAGCAAGGAAGAAAUAAGUGCCAUCAAGCAAGUGUUCCCAGAGAGUCAAAUCUCCACCUGUGACUUCCAUAGACUACAAGCAUGGCAAAGGUGGCUGCGCAGAAUAGAAAACAGUAUAUCCGAUCCGGAUGAGGCCCUGAGACUCAUGAAACGCUUAGCCAGUGCUUCAAAUCAGGAUGAGUUUGACAUGGCAUUUGAAGUCCUUGUCGCCUCAGAGUAUCGGAAAACGAAAAAUUCCGCAGUUACUUUGAAGCAGUGUGGCUCUCUGUAAAGGAGCUGUGGGUCAUGUCUUACAGGCUGGAGUUUGAUGUUGUCUUGACCACAAAUAACGGCAUUGAGGCCCAAAACAGGGUGUUGAAGGCA